AUGGCCGAUUCUGAAUCACCAAGGUCGCCCUCGCCGGACUUUGACCAAGACGAUAAGCCUCGCGUGCUCGUUGACGGUCCUGGAGGUGCCGAUACGAAGCAGGGCGCAAAGAUUGCCUGUCUCGAAUGCCGUUCGGCCAAGAUCAAAUGCUCUGCCCCCACCGACGGGCAGGUCCCGUGCAAACGCUGUGUCAAACAUCAGCGCGAAUGCCUCUUUGAAAAGCACAAACGCGGUCGAAAGCCGAACAAGCGCUUCUCGGUGCCUUCCGACCUACGGGUAGCAGGACGAAACGGAAGCGACCCGAACGAGUACGGGUCUUCCCACCGCCCAAACUCAUCCGAAGGCAGAUCCGACCAUCAGCACAAGCAGCAGCAGCAGCAGCAGCAGCAGCAGCAGCAGCAGCAGCAGCAGAGCUCACACAACGGUCGCGGCACUCCCGAGCACGGCCAUUUCAAGCAUGACUCCGGUUUUGCGUCGGGCGACAAUGUGUCGAAUCGACAUCACUUCAACGAUACGAAUUGGAAGCCAAGCAGCACGUUCGGACCAUCCGCUCAAGGUCGAGGUCCGCCGCAGCAGCCUCACUAUCCAGAAGAACGCUUCCACGGUGCGAAGGACAAAUACCAGAACGGAGGCUUGCCCUCUUCCAUUUCGGCUCCUUCCGGUCUUGCUCAGACAGGCACGUCUUAUCCCUACGCACAGCCUCAUCACCAUCAGCAAUCGCUGCAUUCGUCAUCGCAUCAGCAGCAGCACCACCACCAUCAGCACCAAUACUCGCAUCAGCACCAACACCAACAGCAGCAGCAACAAUCAUCCUCGUAUCAGCAGCAACCUCGACACGGCUCUGAUCAUGCUAGUCCUGGAAGAUGGCGAGACCAUGCGCCGACGCAAGCAGCAUCUUCUCCCCACAGCUCCCACUCGGGCGCGCCUUCGGCCAAACCGCACGACAACUUCGCUCACAACCGCAACCGCCCCUAUCCUCACAAUGCGCCAGCUCCCAGUCACAGCUAUGCACACUGGGACAGCCAGCUCGGAUCGGAGUGGAACAACAAAGCCAGGCCGGACGUCUCGCCUUCCAGACGCACAGACUCCUCCGCCUUGCAGGGUCAGCAGUCGCAGCAAAAGUCGUCUCAGUACGCCAAUAACAAGGACGCUUCAAGCUCGCAGAAGCACGCACCUUCACACGGCCAGCGCAGCUCGUCCAAAGGGCAAGGGCAGCGUCGCGAAGGCAUAGCUCCCCAGCAGCAUCGAUCCUCUAGUCGAGGCCGAGCAUUCGAGCAGGACCCAGACGAAGAAUACGAGGAGGAGCAGGAUGAGCUCGAGGACGAUGCGGAUGCGACCCGCGAAGAGCACGACUAUGUGCUCUCGAAUCCGCUCAAGUUGCUUGCACAAGCCUCAGAUGCCGCUGCCGCUCGCAUUGUCGGCGGCAGGGUCGAGACCGGCAAUCGCAGCUCGUUGGCUGCUGUCGAGACAAUGGGUCUGCUGCACCCCACUCUGCCCUCGAACCGCAUGGCUGUCAGUGCCGCCGUCAAUCUCACCGGUCUCGGUCGUCCGCUGUACGGGCGCAGGGAGGACGAUUUUGCUCGCAGUCAGCGUGGCUGGCCCUCCGGCCGUAUGCUGCCUCCCAUCUUGAACGCGACCCGCGCCGGAGGAGCCACUGAAGGGAGCAGCGCGGAAGCGUCCAAUCGCGGUCCGCCUGCCUUCCUCAAGGACAACAUGCGCUCCAAGUCCUUCCCCGACGGCGAACUCCCCAGGGUCGAGGCUUCCAACGCCAUGGAUGAGUCGGACACCAGCGUCGCGGCUGCAAGCGGUGCCGCGACCAGUGGUCCAAGCGCGCCCACAAAAGCUGGCUCCGGCAUACCGCUCGGCCGUCCCAACAUUCUCACUCCGUCGACGUUAGAUCACGAAGCUUGGGAGUAUCGCGAAGGCAAAGCACAAGCGCGUCGAGGCUUCGGCUCCAGUCCCGGCGGAGCUAGCAUCGAUGCUGCGACCACGGGCAGCAGUGCCUCCGCCGGCGCCAACAACGGUCAGAAGCCAGGGCCUGUCUCGGGCAUCAACGGUGCAUCUCCGGGUGAGAUCAUCGAGUCACCGGCCGAUGAGGUGACCACGGCCAUGUUGGGCAAGCGAAAGCGAGGUCGCUCUCGAGCUACUCGCGGUGGCGGCUUCCCAACGCGCAGAAGAAGGCUUGCCGAGUGGGACACCGACGCGGAAAACGGCGAAGGUGCCGACGAGGAUGGCAUUGUUGACCCCACCAAGAGCAAGCAAGUCACCAUCGCCACCGUGUCGAAGCUCAAGGAGUCCAGCGGCGUGCUUUCGGGCGGCGAAGGAGAAGCGGGGGCCUCUCGCAAGGGCUACUUCAACUUAAGUCUCUUUCACAGCAAGAACGACGACACGGAAGGCCUCGAUCCCGUCGAGCUCGGUCUCGUCGAACUCAAGGAGCUCGAAAGGCUUUUUGACAUCUUCUUCGCGCGCAUCAACCCGGUGCUGGACCUCUUCGAUCCCUUCUUGCACAGUGUUGCGUUUGUCAGGAUGCGUUCGGCUUUCCUCACCACCGUCAUCUCGGCCAUGGCUGCACGCUUCUCAGACACGCCGGAAGAUGCCAAGCUCGCCUCGACAUUGGACAAGCACUAUCAGGAGAAGCUGCUUCCCAUGAUCCUGCUCGGCGGGUACAAGAGUGUCGAGAUCAGUCAAGCUUUCCUCAUCUUGACCACGUAUAGCCGACCCACCAACAGGCUUGUGGACGAUCGCUCGUGGCAGUACCUCGGCUUCGCCAUUCGCACUGCCACCGAGGUGGGUGUCAACCGCAAAGUCACACCGAGCGAGAACUUGCUGGGCAACGAGCAAGUGGCGCGCCGCGUUCGAAACCGAGAGAGGCUGUGGUUCAAUCUCUUCCUCUACGAUCGAACGCUGAGUGCACAGACGGGUCGGCCCUGGACCAUCUCCGAGGAUCGCAUGAUCGUGCAGAGCUCCAUGUGGCACCGACAGGACUUUGCGUUACCCGAGGACGUCUCGCUGGUCAGCUUGAUCAAGUUGCGUCGCAUCACGGCUCAGCACACUGAAGCGUUCGACACGUAUCUGACCAGUCCGGACCGCUUCGACGAGACGCAGACCGCCACCGCGCUCGGCGUUGGAGGACAAAGCAUGUUUGAUCGCCGUCUCGCGGGUCUCGAAUUCUUCCGCAAGAACGCCAAUGCGGAUCUCGAGAAAUGGAAAGAGACUUGGUGCAUCAACACGGAGGACAAGAUCAAGGAGGUGGACACGAGUGCUUCCGCUGGCAAGUACCUGGUUCGAUGGGCACCAACAGCGAAGCUGUUCUACUACCACUCGCGACUGCUCAUCAACUCGCUCGUGCUCGGCGCCACGGAGCAGUACGAAGGCUUCCUGUCCGGAUCGUCCGUGUCCGUAGACUGCUGGACAUCUGCCAUUUCGCUCAUCGACACGAUGCUCAACGAUUUCACCGAGGAGGCCUUGGUGACUUGGUCCAACGAUCGAGUGGUCAUGGCGGUCUAUGCUGCCGUGUCGGCGGUGCGCAUGACCAACAUGCAGCACAAAUACGCGUUUGCCGACAAGGAGACGCUGCUUGCGCUCGUUCGUCGACUCGCCACGCGCAUGACCAAUGCAGGCAAGACGCCGCGCCACCGAAAUGGAUCGGCGACGCCAUAUGGCCGAUACCUCAAGUCGGUGUUGGCUGCUUUCGAGCCCGAGAACCCGGCGAUUGCGGCUGCCGCGCAGAGUGCUCAGGCAGCAGCGGCGCAAACACCGGGCAAGGAUAGCGAACAGGCUGCGUCUUCGAUCACGACGAGCAGCCUUGCGCCCGGUGACAGUCGCUCUGCGGCUGCGACGCCGCCCUCCGCCAUCGUUGUGGCCGUGCCAGCUGGCGCUGGUGGCGUCGCCGAGAACUCGUCGGACGAUGGUCAUGGCGAGACGUCAAACGUGGCGGCUGAAGGCGCUUCGACUCAGGGAGAAGGUGGCGCGUCUGGUGCUUUGAAAGACGCAUCUGGUUCGGCCACCGGAGAAGCGAGCAAGACUCCCGUCUUGAAGACGGAGGAGGUUGCUGCUGCUGGCGACGCGCUAUCGAGCGUUCCGCUCCUUGUCGCUCCCGGCUCUGACAUGGACCUCGACAUCUCUGCGGCUGCGUCGCAACUGGCGGCUGCCGACAGCAACCUCGAAGCGCAGAGCAGUAUGGAGAAGCUGCUCACACAGCUACCUGUCAACGGCACCACCAUGCCGGUCACCACCGCUGGCUUACUGACACCAGCCGGCGUCGUCCCUACAACCGACGCCACCUGGUCAGUCGUUGCGGAGAGCAUCGUUCGACCCACCUCCACCCACUCUUCCACGGGCGCAGCUGACACCAACCUCCUCGUCAACCCACUCCUCGCCGACGCAGACACAACGGAAGACGUCAGCGCAGCAGCCGCCGUAGCCGCCGCAGCAACCAUGCCCGACGUCGUCGACGACCCCGAGUCGUUGGAAAGGAUGUGGAACUACAUGACCGCUUUCGAGCAUACCAGCUUCUGGCAACCCCAGAGCACCUGGAAUUUGAGCAGCGGCGGACCUGGUGGUCAGGGUUGA